AUGGAGCUUGGUUCACCUAAGGAGGAUCCCGCAGCCUUGGUAGACGCCCAUCUACUCAAGGGAUGCUGCUUGGAAGCGGAGAGGUCAGAUAGUGUCUGGCUGCGGCUCGAGGGCUUGUUCCUCGCCAUGCCAGAGGACAAUCGUCGGCAUUUGAAGCCACUCAUCGACGAGAUCAAGACCUCUAGCCUGAUUCUGCGAGAGCUGGCCGACCUGUCCCAAGUCCACCAAGACCGCGUGCCGCUGGUGCUGGAUCCCCUUAAUACCAUCCUGCCGUGCAUGUCGCGAUCUCUACGGGACAUCACAACGCACUAUGAGAACCGAAAAUUGACCAAAGUAAACCGCUGGCGAACAAUGUUUCACGAGAUGACCAACGAAGCUGGCGGUCUGCAGCUACCGCAGCGGUUCGUUGUGUAUAACCAUUAUCUCUCAGCUAUUCGGGACUUGCUAUCCAGAUCGCCCAACUUCGACCUCAACAUGAUGGAAGCGUUCCGCCUGCAGAUAAUGAAUCUGCGAGAAGCGAGAGGAAUUCCUCCGCCUCCAAUACAGGCCGGCCCUCUGGUUCGCUAUGGGACUAUACCACCUGCAGACAUGGAUCCGUCCGUUCACUGGGCCGAGCAAAUCUUUUCUCUGCCCCUGCCAUCUCGGUCACCUCUAAAAAGCCAGCUUCCAUCCGAGUCUUUUGGACCACAUCGGCCAUGGGGUCAUUUGAGCAUCCCUAACAAUUCAAAGGUUCUAUUCAGACGACCCAUUGACGAUGACAAGAUUUCCCUCAUCGCCUAUUCUGAUGGACGAGAUGGCUCACCAUACCUUCUCCUUCGGACUUUUUACAUGGGCGGACCAUGGUUCUCAGUCCGUGGCGUGCACGAGCUGUGCAUUCAGCGUGAGAAUGAUUCGAUACAGUUCAAGAGAUGGAGCCGCUCCGAAAACUGCUCCAAGCUCUGGGCAACAUUGCGCUUUCAGACCUGGGAAGAACUCAUUCUCAUGUACUGCACCUUUCUGGCUCUCAAGUCUCGAAACACCCUGACAGUCCUGCUCGGGACCAAGGAAUACGCCCUAAAGGGUGAACGGAAGCUCUUUCAAGCAUGCAUUUUGGACGACGGCUUCAAGCACUCACUCAUCGUUUACGAAGAUCGACACACAGGCGGCCGCCGCCUCCACGUCGCCGUUUGGGAGGGAGAGCUGCGCCAAUGUCCCGUCUGGACGGCCUUUGUAACCCAUCAGUCCGCGUCGCCCACUUGGCUCAGGCGGGUCAGCCGCAAGAGAAUCCGCCUGGCCGACAUUCAGCUGUACGUUUUCUGCCAGCAGUACCGACAGCAAGCGCAGCGAAAGGGUUCCGGCGGAGCGUUUGAGCUUCAGUUUUACAACGAAGAGGCUGCCCAAAGCUUCAAAGAUCUCUUCUGCGCUCCAGUCAAGCCGAAUACAUCGCGGCCCAUCACUCCAAGACCAAAUACUCCCAGGGCGGUAUCUCGACCGACGACUCCAAGAGCUUAA